CAGAGGCUUUUGCAACUUGUUAACCUUGUGUGAAUUUUAAGUAUUUGCAACUUUUAAAAUGGCACAACACAGAAAGCAGGGAAAGGACAGUUCUGCGAUGGAGGGUUGUUGGUGCAACUGCUACUUUGUGUUCUUGCUGGGAUUUUUCAUUGGAAUCUGCAUGGUCGUGGCUAUCCGCAGCUCAAACAACAAAGGAGAGGCUAAGCCAAAAAUAUCAAUAGACACACUAUUUGUUCAAAAGCAGGUGUCCAGAAACCUCGGUGUAGCUAAACAAUUGAAAUUAAAAGCUAAAAACGUGCAAGGAUCAGAACUGGCGAGGAGAAUGCGAAUUCUGUGUUGGGUUAUGACAGCAAAACACACUCACAAAACGAAAGCACUAACUGUGAAGAGAACUUGGGGCAGGCACUGCGAUAAACUUCUCUUUUUCAGUGAAACUGAAGACCCAGAAGUACCAACGAUAAAAAUAGAUAAAGUGCAGCCUGGUCGAAGCGGGCUGUGGACGAAGGUGGUUGGUGCUUACAAAUACGUUCAAAAACACCACAGAGACGAGUACGAUUGGGUUCUACGAGCUGACGACGAUUCCUACGCAAUAAUAGAGGGCAUCAGAGAAAUGCUUCUUCCAUACAAUCCCGAAAAGCCGGGAUUCUUCGGCUACAGAUUCUUACCUUUCGCUCCGGCGGGAUUUUUCAGUGGCGGAGGAGGAAUUGUUUUAAGUAAAGCGGCUUUGGAUAGGGUUGUGACGAUGGCGUUUGACGGCAAACACAAAGACUGCCCAACCGUCGCUUUUUCCGACUCGGCAGACGACGUCAAAAUUGCACAAUGUCUGUACGCCGUCGGUAUUGUGCCGGACGACACACGAGACUUCCGAGGGCGCACAAGAAUGCAUUGCUACGACGUCGAUUUGAACGUGAAACCAGACGCCGUGGAAACAAUGAACCCGUGGUACAGGCAGAACCAGUGGUGGCCAGUCAAAGGGGGCCUAGACUGUUGUGCAGAGAACGGCUUUACUUGGCAUUAUGUUAUCCCGCUCCGGAUGUAUAUGAUUCAGUACUUGGCGUACUCCGUCCAGGUGGAAAACGUCGUUUUUUUCUCAAAAGCUGCCCAAAGCGGAAUAUCAAUUACCUCCGCUACUCAUCAAUAAGAUAUCAUACUUGUUUUAUUAAAAUAAAUCAUUUUUACUUUUGCAAAUAUUUAUUUGAUUUUGUAUAAAUGCCAAACGUGCUAACAAUAUUAUUAUAAAAAUUAUAGAAAAAUAGUUCAUAAUUUUUCCUCAGUGGCUUUCUAAUUUUCAAUGUCAGGGCAGAAAAUGUGAAUUCAAGUCCUUUUUUCUGCACAUGUUGAGCCUCUUAUCCAAGGUGUAUUGUGGUGGACAAAAUUUAAAUCUCAUCCAGCAUUGUUUUGCUUGUUCUGU